AUGAAUUUACCUGUAGCCUUCGUAUGUUUCGCGGCUCUGAUUGGUGCGGCCGUCGGAGGGCCAAUAUCGAUGAGCAACAACAACGUUGGAGACAUUGUGAAAGUAAACGUUGAUGCCGAUGUGGACAUCAAGAGCGAGAUCAAUGUAGAUCUGGUGAAUGUGAUUGCGGAGCUGUUGCUUGAGCUGAGGGACGUUAACGUGAACACUUGCUCACGAUCUUCGGAGGAAACCAGCGAGGAGACCAGCGAGGAGACCAGCGAAGAAACCAGCGAGGAAACCAGCGAGGAAACCAGCGAGGAGACCAGCGAGGAGACCAGCGAGGAAACCAGCGAGGAAACCACCACUUUGCCACCGACUACUACUAUUACUACUACCGGUCCACCCACAACGACACCUGUUAUUGGUCCAGGGACUCAAACCACGACCUCAACGAUCAUCAGCACGCCAGACGACCUUCCUGGACCUGUACCUUACCAAAAGCUCGUACAAUCGCUUAUGCAAUCGAAACCUGAUGGUUAUGAUGCACCGGGAGUUACCAAAGAGCAAAAGGAGCAGAUCUGGCGUCAGCACGUGGAGCAACUUGUUCAUAAACAUAUGAACGAUCUCCAAUGA